UCCGCGCGACGCACGCUCUUUUACGUCACCACAAUAGUGCCAACAUGGCGUUCACACUGUACGCGCUGAUUCAAACAGCGAUAUUAUUCACUAAUGCCAUCGCAGUUCUCCACGAAGAGAGGUUUCUCAGUAAAAUCGGCUGGGGAGCAGAGCAGAGUAUUGGAGGAUUUGGAGAUGAACCCGGCAUUAAAGCACAACUUCUGAACCUUAUUCGCUCCGUCAGGACAGUCAUGAGAGUACCACUGAUAGCAGUAAAUUCAGUGUGUAUUGUCUUACUAUUACUGUUUGGAUGAAGAAGGAAUUGAUGGAUUGCGGUGGAUCGGGAUCUAAUGAGGAACACAGUGUAUGUGGCAAAGGAAAAUGGACUGUUUUUUUGUAUCUGUGGUUCUAAAUGUUGCUCUCCAAAUGUCUGAAAAUUGUACCCUGAAUGAUUUACUGUAAGUACUCUGGUAGUUUUAUACGAAACAAAUACCAGUAAACACUUACAGUUACAGUUCUCUUACAGUUUUGUAACUUCACAGAAGCUCUGGUGUCUGUACAUGCUGUUUUUGUCAAAUUCAAGGUCUAGUAAAGAAACGCUUCUUCAGCAACAGUGAAAUCAGUCAGACAGGCCUGCCAAAGCCAUAUUGUUGUCUUGCAGUUUGUUUCUGGCACCUGAAAUAUUACAUUUUCUUUCUUUCUUUUAAUAAAUGUUAACUUCCCCAAAGCUAUUCCUAUGUUUCAUUUUCAAAGACAGCUUGGAAAGUAAAGGUUUGCUUUAAUAUAUAAAUCUGAAUUUUAAUAAAGAUGUGGUUCAUAUGCUGAAAUUGUGGUGUUGUUUCAACAUCAAGCUUUAAUAUGCAACACAUGUUGUCUGAAGGCUUUGAAAACUUUGACCAAAGUAGCUUCCACCUUAUAAGCCAGUCAUUUCACAUUUCAGAUUUUAAUAAAGUGAUUGUCUUUUCAUCUGUUAUGUA